UUGAGUGGCUCAGUUGCAAGCGGUGCGGCGGCGGCGGCCGGCGGGCACCCUGGGAUUGGCUCGCUGCGUCCCCCCGGCUCUGGAUCUUACACCCCCUCGCUCUGCACGCACCUACUCCAAAGCCAGCGGCAGACCAUGCCCUCUCUAUGACGGUUACUUGUUAAGCUAACUCUGCAUGCCAGAAGACUGUCCGUGGUUGAUCCAAGGGCUUUUGGGGACUCCAGCCUCUCCCCAGUAUUUCUGUGUGUGUGUGUUCCUCUAGAACUUUCAAAACUGUUUCUCCAAAGAGUUUUGCAGAAACUUAGACUGUUUUCUAAAGCAGAAGCACCUCAGUCCACAGCAGUAGUGAUGGGCAGCGUGCGAACCAACCGCUACAGCAUCGUGUCUUCAGAAGAGGACGGCAUGAAGCUGGCAACCAUGGCCAUUGCCAAUGGCUUUGGGAAUGGAAAGAGUAAGGUACAUACCAGACAGCAAUGCAGGAGCCGCUUUGUCAAAAAAGAUGGCCACUGCAAUGUCCAGUUUAUUAACGUGGGUGAGAAGGGACAGCGAUACCUGGCAGACAUCUUCACCACUUGUGUGGACAUCCGCUGGAGGUGGAUGCUAGUUAUCUUCUGCCUGACUUUCAUCCUCUCCUGGCUUUUUUUUGGCUGUGUGUUUUGGUUGAUUGCGCUGUUGCAUGGCGAUCUGGAAAAUCAAGAAAAUAACAAACCUUGUGUCUCUCAAGUGAGCAGCUUCACUGCAGCCUUCCUCUUCUCCAUUGAGACUCAGACCACAAUUGGCUACGGCUUCAGGUGCGUCACAGACGAGUGCCCCAUUGCAGUUUUCAUGGUGGUUUUCCAGUCUAUAGUAGGCUGCAUCAUUGAUGCCUUCAUCAUUGGUGCUGUCAUGGCAAAGAUGGCUAAGCCAAAAAAGAGAAAUGAAACUCUAGUCUUCAGCCAUAAUGCUGUGGUGGCCAUGAGAGAUGGGAAACUGUGCCUGAUGUGGCGUGUUGGGAACCUGAGGAAAAGCCACUUGGUGGAGGCACAUGUGAGAGCUCAGCUCCUCAAAUCCAGGAUCACAUCGGAAGGGGAGUAUAUCCCUUUGGAUCAAAUAGACAUCAAUGUAGGGUUUGAUAGCGGGAUAGACCGCAUAUUCCUGGUCUCCCCAAUUACAAUAGUACAUGAAAUAGAUGAAGACAGUCCUUUGUAUGACUUGAGCAAACAAGACAUGGACAAUGCUGACUUUGAAAUUGUAGUAAUAUUAGAGGGCAUGGUGGAAGCUACUGCAAUGACUACUCAGUGCCGUAGCUCAUAUCUGGCGAAUGAAAUCCUCUGGGGCCACCGCUAUGAGCCUGUGCUCUUUGAAGAGAAGAACUACUACAAAGUGGACUACUCAAGGUUCCACAAAACAUAUGAAGUGCCCAACACACCCAUCUGUAGUGCCAGAGACUUAGCAGAAAAGAAAUACAUUCUCUCUAAUGCAAACUCCUUUUGCUAUGAGAAUGAAGUGGCCCUCACCAGCAAAGAAGAGGACGAGAUUGACACUGGGGUGCCUGAAAGCAUGGGCACAGACACCCACCCGGACAUGGACCAUCACAACCAAGCAGGGGUGCCUCUAGAACCGCGGCCGCUACGGCGGGAGUCUGAAAUAUGACUGAAACUCUUCCUCUCCCUUUUGGUUGAAAGGAGAAAAACGUCUCGGUCAAAGGCACAUUGACCUAAGAAGUUGGCCCAGAACAGUUUUCAGACAACGGUACUGUUGAAGAGUGUCGUAAGGCAAGCAGACCUGAGAAACCCGGGCUGGUUUUAGGGCUGUCCUCAGAGGAGGGACAACAGAAAUGAACUCUAAACACAAAGCACUAAACAUGUCUAAGUAUGAACAGAAGGCACAUAUGUUGUAGAAUAAAUUAUGUAUAUAUUUUUUUACAAAACUUGAACUUGCAGGCAAGCUUUGAUUGGGUUAUUAUUAUUUUUUUUUUCAACUUUUUCCAGAAUGCUUCUCUCUAGGGAACAAGAAUGUUUUUAAUGGCAUAACAAAGGCAAGAAUCUGCCUUAUUAUUAUUAUUAUAAUUAUUUUUUAAGAAGCUGCUGCUAACUACAUGAACACAAAUGGUUAUUUUUGUUGCAGUGUAGUUUUUAUUUUCUCUUGUGUAAUUUAAAGAAAAAGUCAGUGUUGAACUUUUUGGGUUGAAAGCUCGUGAUCACUUCAGAGAGGCCAAUGUUGCCAGAAAGUCUAAACUCCUUUUGAGGCCAGUAGUUUGAUAGCUAGAAUCAAUUUCUCUCUUUCCAAUUACAUAAGGGGCAUUAUGUAAUAUCAGGCCAAUCAGUAGCCUCCAGCAAAACUAUGAUUUUUUGGGGGGAGAAUUUAAUUCUCUGUCUAAAGGAAAAUGAAAUAAAAUAUAUAUAGACUUAUAAAAAGUACUAAGUGAAAACUACCUAAAUGGAUACCAAAGAAAAUGCACAGUUUUGCACAGUGGAAUUUAUUUUAUAAAAAGGAAAAAAAAAAAAAAAAAAAAAACAGGCUGCUUUAAACAAAAGAUUUCAAACCUCAGACACUUUCUUUGGUUUAGAAUUUUUCUUUUAAGACCUUUAUUUUGCACCUUAUUCUAAAAAGCUUAUGACUCAGAUCUAAAGUGAGCUAGGAAUCCCCUCCGCCCCCUUCUCUUGGUUGGGGAAACAAAUUCUCUUCCUUUCGUGUAAGGAGAAACAUAGUUGGGGGAAGACAACAAGCAAACAUCUGUCCUCCCUGGCUGCCCCCCGAGCCGGGCUGCAGCAGAAGGUCAAGUGUUACUGCGCACAUUCCCAAGCCGUCGCUAGACCUUAGCGCUGACCCAGCGUCCUGAAAACUGAGCCAUGAGAUGUGCUGCAGGCGUGUGACUGAGUCCCGAUGACUGUCGUUAUGUUACCAGUUAAGCUAUGCCAGAGACGUGCAAAGCUGCUGAUCUAUGCUAGAGGCUAACUCUGCUGGGGCAGGCGUUCAGGCACAGAUGAGCCAAGCAAUAUAUAAAUCCCUGGGAAGAGGUUUUUGAAGAGGAAGGAAGAGGGUAAUGGAGAGAAAAAAGAAUUGUGUUCAGCACUUGGGGAUGGCAUGAAGAUUGUAGCAUUUUUGUCAAAAUGCUUCUCUUCAGCAGGGCAAGGGUGUCGGAAAAUGUGCUGUUGUAUUUGCCAGGUCAUUUGGAGAGGGCUUAUUUGAGGAAGAUAAUGCUGUAAAGCAAGCUUCAUCUCCUGCCUCCUCUUCUUCCCGCAAGCAUCAACUCAAGGGUCACUGGAUGGGGUAUGUCACCGAGCCUUUGAGCUAAUUUUGUGACCUUAUGUGAAGCUCUGGCUCUAACGGUGUUUUGGCUCCUUUGCCAAGAAGGCUUUAAAAUUCUCUGUGCCUCUAAGAUCAAGGAUAUAACUAAACUGCACUUCACAUUUGCUCACUUGUGAAUCUUCCUCAAGGAGCAAGUGGAGGGAGGUGGUGGUGGGGACAAUAAUCCUAGUCAACUCUUACAGUAUUCGAUCACUGUAUGCCAUUAAAAAACAGCUUGUUCUAGGUCUAAUGUCUUCUGCAAACAGACAUCUGUGAAGGCCUCUUCUGGCCCCUUCCAGCCCUGCCUGAAAGAAAUGCCUGCAAUGAAAUGGUUUCUGAAAAGAUGGUGUUUACAGUGAGUGGGUUCGAAACUGUGGCAAUUCAACAUUGUAAACAUAGAUUUGGCUACUAGAGAGGGCAGCAGAUUAAGCGCAAGUACUAAGGCUAUUACCGGGGUGGGGGGAAGUAAAAGAAGGGAAAAGCUGAACAUAUAAUGCGACUUGAUUGCAGUUUCUGGGUCAACAGUAGCGAAGACAACUGAGUGCUGCUAGUGCUGCUAUUGGCACAUUCUUGUAAAAGGAAAAUAACUAAACCAAAGAGUAUUCAGUGAGAAGAGGGUGCAUCGAAAUGCAACGGGGAAAGGACAGAGACGGGAGGCUGGCCAGGAGAAAGGAGACCUUCUCUCCAAGUCAGCGUUGCCAGGUGCACAGCGCGCCUGCUAAAUGAUACUUGAGAUGUUUGAGGGAAGGAUAGGAGAUGGGGGAAGGGGAAAGGCAGGACUUCAGUUUGUUUCAUUAAAGAAAAGGAAAUUCAGAAAAAAAAAAAAAAAGACCCCUUCCCAUUAAUAUUUCUGGUGCAGAGGUUUUGGGCUUUUUUUGUUGUUGUUGUUGUUUAGUUUUUCAAGUCAGUUUUUCAGAAAUAUUUUUAAAAUGUACAUUUUAUAAAGUUUAUCAAGUAUUUUCAUAUUUAAAGCCAAAUGUAAAUAGAAGUCUGUAAAGGAUGGACAAGGAGAAGAAGAAAAAAAAAAGGCCACAAAAAGUAUAAAUUCCGCUUGGCAGUCCUGGCUAGCUAGUACCUAGAUGCUACCGGUUAGCAUGAUUUUUAGCAAAUACUUGCAAGCCUUAUAGGAUUCCUAAUGCUAUGAACUUCUCUUUAUUUAUUUUUAAGCAUGGACUUUUAAUUUGAAAACAUGUUCUAGUUACUGGCAUUUUUAAAAGUUACCAGCUUUCGGAGUGCUAGUCUUGCCCGGCGUGCGCGUUGCGGCGAUCCGUCUCCCUCGCAGCCGCAUUCUUUUCUUUCUCUAAUAACCCUUUGUCUUUCCCGACUGAAUCCCACAUUGCAGAAUUGCACUCGGCCUCUGGCUUUUGGAAGCUGCUAGAAGAGACCUGCAAUGUACACUUCAUGGUACCCUUCCCCCUUGCCCAUCACUUCUGUAUUUCCAAACAUGCCUUGGUAAGCCCGGUAUAGGACAGACUAUUGUAGCACACUUCUACAGCAGCAAAUUGGUUUAGUCGUUUUUAAAAAUACUGUUAUUUUUAAGGAAUACGCAGUGACUGACAGUGUUUGUUCAGUUCCUGAUGAUCCCGGGCCAAAAUGAUGUGUUCUGGGGGCCUGCGACGAACGCCCUCCAAAACUGACUGAGCUCUGCCCACAGGCUCCAACAGGCUUUGGUUUGGCCUCUUUAUCAAGGAUGACGUUGGCUCAGCUGGCUUGCACAGAAGGUUUAUACUGUAUUUUGCGUAGGGUUUGGGGGGGAAUAUGUUAUUUCUACCCUUCCCUGAAAAUACUUGAAUGAGACACUUACUGUCUAAAACAUAAUACUGCAUACAGUGACAAAAUGCAUUUCUGAGGCAGGUUGGGAUCUUUUCUUUCUUCUGUCUCUCCUGUGUGUCUUUAAGUAGCAAGGGUAGAAAUCAUUACUUAUAGCUGUAUUUAAUGAUAUUUUCUCCUGGUCAUGAUAAACUCCUGUGUUGUUAGUUUAGCACUUGCUCUUCUCGGAAAAGACAAAGGGUCCAGAUGGUUUAUUUGUUCUCUUAGGUCUUCUUUUUCAUAAUGGAUUACAAGGUAAAACUGAGAAGUACUGUAAUGUCUUUAAAUUAUGGCUGCUCGUGACCAUUGUAAAGUAGAAGGGUGCUGCAUAGUUGCCAUCCCACAGCCAACGAGAAACUUAUUUUAUAUAACGACUUUUGGCCUGCAGCUAUAGUAAGGUGAACAAUCCAGGCAUUUGACAGUUAUCCAUUACUAUUUUCCUUUUUGCAGCCUUUUUGUAUCAAAGUCUUCCUAAUGUACUGCACAAAUUGUGGAUUGUACAGAUUUUUAUAUAUUAUGUCUUAUUUUAUUAUUUCUAAAUAAAUAAAAAAAAUUGAGAAUGAA